AUGCGGCGUCUCUUCUUGUUUGCUCCGUUGCUCCUUCUGUACUGCACCCUUGUCACUCUUGCUGUGACAGAGCACCACCGCUGCAUGCACGACAGAGUGGUGAUGCAUGUUGGUGCUGAUCAUAAAAAGGCUCGCGAAUCAAAUCAAAUGACAAUCUUGAGCGCUAAAAGGGAUUUCGGAUUGUCGCGAACUGUGAGAAACAAGACCCCUGCUUUCAGAGAAGAACGUAUUGGGGAAGAAUGGAAACCGAUUCGCAUUAAACUUGUCACUGAUCAUUUGAUGAGGGUUGGACAUGAUUGUACUGGCAAAAAAAAUAAUAAUAUUACAACCUUAUUGGAGGAAAAUUAUACUUGCACAGAUUAUGAUGAGUUGACGCCAGAGAAGGAGAAUAUUCUUAUUAACGAGAUUCUUCCUGAGGCAAUUGAACUGCAUAAGGAACGUCUUUUUGUUCAGCCUUUGAAGGAUCCUAUUGUCGUGCCGGAGUUCUCCGAUCCCAAAGGUCUUUGUUUCAGGUUCAUACCGAAAGAUCAUAAAACCAGGAGUGUUUCCGGUUAUGACAUGGUGCUGUUUGCUGCUGCAACACCGACAACUAAUGGUGCAUUCGCGUGGGCGGCAACAUGUGCGACAUUGGGUCAUGAUGGCCGUCCAGUUAUUGGAAUCAUCAAUUACGGUCCACGGUAUAUUGUGGCCACACCACAGCGUGUCCGCGUUGCUGCUCAUGAGAUUGCUCAUGCACUUGGUUUCAAUUCGCAGUUGAUGGAAAGAAAAAGUAUGGUGCGUAGAGAUGUUGAGUUGCGUGGUAAAUCACACCUUGCGCUUGUUGCCUCUGAAAACACACUGAGAGAGGUUGUGAAGCAUUACAACUGUAAUUCUACAAAGGGUAUGGAACUAAGUGUGAUAAGACGACCACAUCCUGCAGCAAAUGGUGCCAGAACGAAUGAACAAGGAACAGGUUUACAAGGACCUACAGCAACGGCGAUACUCGCUCUGACUGCAAGUGUACAAGAGGAAUAUGAGCUAGGAGAAUCACACAGUAAUGUUAUUGAUGGUCGUUUGACAGGGGAGGAGUCUGUUGGCAGUGAUGUGCAAGAGAGACGUGGAGAAGAGGGUUCCAGUGCUGCCAAGUUUACACAGAAUGUACAUCAUUCAUCAAAUGACUUCUCGAAAAGACGUUCACUACACGUUCAAGCUGCAGUGGCCGCAUCUGAAACCCCGAGCGAAUGCACUGAUGAUAAAAAAGUGGAAACUGCGACGGGUAAAAUGUGUAUUGUUGAGACAUUUCAAUUUCCUCCAAACGGAAAUGAAAUAAUUACACGGUCACAUUGGAGUCGACGCAACGCAAAGGAUGAGUUAAUGGUUGGUGUCGUCGGUGCUGGGUACUACACCGCAAUUACAAUGGGAGUUUUCGCUGAUCUGGGCUACUACAAGGUUAAUUGGAAAAGGGCAGAGCAGAUGAGUUGGGGCAAUAACUCUGGGUGUGAAUUGCUGGAGGAUAAAUGUGUGAAGGAAGGCAGGACUAAAUUCCCUGAUAUGUUCUGCACAACCGAACCUGCUAGUCUUCCUGCAGGACUACAGUGCACAUCUGACCGCCAGUCACUGGGGAGUUGCAGCAUCACAACAAAAACCGAUGGGAAUGACGUUCCAGAGGAAUUCCGAUACUUUUCUGAGCAGAAUAAGGUUGGUUCAGAAGCAGCUCAAAUGGAUUACUGUCCUUUUAUUAUGGCAAAGAAAGGUUACAGCUGCAUCAAUGGUGAGGAGAGUAAUAACAUGCCUGGAAGUGUAAUUGCUAACAACUCCCGUUGUGUGGAGGGUAAGGAUCUAAAGGCUAACAAUGCAGCAAUUGGUGCCGUGUGUGUGGAGGUGUCUUGCAAGUUCAAAAAGGUAAUUGUACGGUACAGUGGAAACAAGGAGUGGCACAGUUGUCCUGAAGGAAAGAAUCUAACUGUGAAUGGGACUGUACUCCAGGGUAACAUUGUGUGCCCCAAAUACGCUGAUGUGUGCAAUACAAUCAACAAAACUCUGGAUGAAUCGGAAGGUCCAUCAAAAGACCCAGACAUUGUUGAAGAAGUCCAAACAAGUCAACCAGAAUCCACUGAGGCCACUGAAACCGCAAAACCACCUGAAAGUGCUGGUGCAAAACCAAGUGAAAGUGCUGGUACAAGUAACAAUUCUGUUAACCAGGAAGUUGCUGCACCGGUGGUACAAAAUGGGGCAGGUACAACCACAGAAUCAAAACCCAGCGAAACUAAGGAAGAAAACAAUACCUCAUCUGUGAGUGGGCAGAAUAAUAAUGCUGCUGCGAAAAAAGGCACUGAUGGUUCUUUUAAAGCUUCCGCUUUUGCGAGUGUUAUGUUUGUUUUCUUGUCACUCUCUAUGAUAAUGGCUCCAUGA